GUGUAGAGGGCGAGGCCUUGUGCUGCUGUGGAGGCUCCGGCCCCCCGGGGUUCGAAGAGAAGCGACCCAAAACCAUGGCGGCGGCGGUGGUAGCGGCGGCGUCGGCGAUGCGGACCCGGAUCCUGCAGGCUUCUUCCAAAGUAAAUUCCAGCUGGUAUCCAGUGUCCUCCUUCUCAUCUUCAGUGCCAACUGUAAAGCUCUUCAUUGAUGGGAAAUUUGUUGAAUCCAAAACUGACAAAUGGAUUGACAUCCACAACCCAGCUACCAAUGAAGUUAUUGGCCGGGUUCCCCAGUCCACCAAAGCUGAAAUGGACGCAGCCGUUGCUGCUUGCAAACGGGCUUUUCCAGCCUGGGCAGACACAUCAAUUUUAAGCCGUCAGCAGGUCCUGCUUCGUUAUCAACAACUUAUUAAAGACAACUUGAAAGAAAUUGCCAAAUUAAUCACAUUGGAACAAGGGAAGACCCUAGCUGAUGCUGAAGGAGAUGUAUUUCGAGGCCUUCAGGUGGUUGAGCAUGCCUGUAGUGUGACAUCCCUUAUGCUGGGAGAGACCAUGCCAUCCAUCACCAAAGACAUGGACCUUUAUUCCUACCGUCUGCCUCUGGGGGUGUGUGCAGGCAUUGCUCCAUUUAAUUUUCCUGCCAUGAUCCCUCUUUGGAUGUUUCCCAUGGCCAUGGUUUGUGGAAACACUUUCCUAAUGAAACCAUCAGAGCGAGUCCCUGGAGCAACUAUGCUUCUUGCUAAGUUGCUGCAGGAUUCUGGUGCCCCUGAUGGAACACUGAACAUCAUCCAUGGACAGCAUGAAGCUGUAAAUUUUAUUUGUGAUCAUCCGGACAUCAAAGCAAUCAGCUUUGUGGGAUCCAACCAGGCAGGAGAGUACAUCUUCGAGAGAGGGUCAAGAAAUGGCAAGAGGGUUCAAGCCAAUAUGGGAGCCAAAAACCAUGGAGUAGUCAUGCCAGAUGCCAAUAAGGAAAAUACCCUGAACCAGCUGGUAGGCGCUGCAUUUGGAGCAGCAGGUCAACGCUGCAUGGCUCUUUCAACAGCAAUUCUUGUGGGAGAAGCUAAGAAGUGGCUGCCAGAGCUGGUGGAGCGCACCAAAAAACUGAGAGUCAAUGCAGGAGACCAGCCUGGAGCUGAUCUUGGCCCCUUAAUCACUCCCCAGGCCAAAGAGCGGGUCUGUAAUCUGAUUGAUAGUGGAACAAAGGAGGGAGCUUCCAUUCUUCUGGAUGGGCGAAAAAUUAAAGUCAAAGGCUAUGAAAAUGGUAACUUUGUUGGACCAACCAUCAUAUCAAAUGUCAAGCCAAAUAUGACUUGUUAUAAAGAGGAGAUUUUUGGUCCAGUUCUUGUGGUUCUGGAGGCAGAAACAUUGGAUGAAGCCAUCAAAAUUGUAAAUGACAACCCAUAUGGAAAUGGAACUGCCAUCUUCACUACCAAUGGAGCCACUGCUCGGAAGUACUCCCACAUGGUGGAUGUUGGACAGGUGGGAGUCAAUGUCCCCAUUCCAGUGCCUUUGCCAAUGUUUUCAUUCACCGGCUCUCGAUCUUCCUUCAGAGGAGAUACCAAUUUCUAUGGCAAACAGGGCAUCCAAUUCUACACUCAGCUAAAGACAAUCACUUCUCAGUGGAAAGAAGAGGAUGCUUCUCUUUCCUCACCCGCUGUCGUCAUGCCUACUAUGGGCCGCUAGGAACAAGCUUCUUCAAGACUCAGUAUAGCCUGAGUAAUCUACUUUCAUUCAUGGCCAACUUCACCUGUCAGCUUUGCUCAAAUAAGAUUUCUGGUAUUGGAAUAUGUUGUAACUUCAGAAUCUCUCAGAACACUGAGUGCCUUCAAAGUUGUAGUGAGGAAACACUAGAGCAGCACUGACAACAGAUUUUCCACUUCUUCAUGCUUCUGGUUUUGAAGUCAUUGUAACUGUGAAGUGAUUACCCAGAGAGAGCUGAGACCUAUUUUCUAAAACUUCUCCUGAAGAAGGGGAUUGUCAGUGUAUGGACUUAUCUUCCAAUAAUUGGAAGGAGAACCCUUGGACAGGGAAAUGGAAUAGAAGAACCCUCUGGUUGAACCUCAAACACAGCCCUCCACCAUGCCAGUUUUCCCACUGCCACGUGUCCCCACACUACACAAUAAGUAACCGUUUCUACUUAUCCCAGUCUUGUGACAAUUGAUUCUUUUCUGCUCAUUGCCACUUGUGAUUCCUGACCUCUGUGUAACACUGUCUUGUCCAUGUUCACUUCUUAAACUACUCCAGGAUAAUGUAGAAUGUAACUGAUGAUCAACGUUUUGUCAUGUGUGCCAAAUAUUAAGCUUCAAGAUUUGCUUCAGUUGUCAUUAAUCAAUACUUCUGCCAUUAAUUCAAAUGCACAUAGUUUCCUUAGAAAAUUAAGUCACAAGUUUUAUAAGCCUAGAAAUCAAAGAAUGUUUCAAUCUUGAGCAACUCUUGCCUUAAAUAAGCCUAACAAAGUAUUAUAUGCUAAA